CAUAGCAAACAUCAUCGUUUAGACAUUCCUACUCGUACAGAAGCCAUGCUACAUUCAAUACGACAUUACUCAGCCGCAGCCGCAGCAUCAGCUGCAGCAACAGCCAACCUAACGCACUAUCAACUUCUCGAUAUCCCCAGAAACGCUACUCUCAAGGAGAUCAAACUCCAAUUCAAGAAACUUACUAAGCAAUACCAUCCUGAUCUCAACCAGCAUUUAUCGGCAGAAGAACGAGAGUCAAACCUGGCCACAUAUGUCAAAAUGGUCGAUGCAUAUACCGUGCUCAAGGACGUACGAAAGCGAAGAGAAUAUGAUCUAAGUUUGAAAUCACAGGGGAGUUACUCUGGCGGUGAUGCCACAACAACGGCCCGAUAUAAGCAACUGGACUGGCAUAGCAAGUAUUAUGGUGAGGCGAAAUAUUACUCAAGAAGUGGGAACAGCUAUACUACCGCAUCGGGGUAUAACACGCGACGCCAUCGUGUGCGGUACGAUCAUGGCCAGGUGCCGGAAGACAACAACACUGGGUUCCAUGGCAAACAUAGGAACUAUGGUGAUCGUUACGACGUGCCCCAUUUCGACUACGAUGAACACCUCAAUCGUAACUUAAAAUUCGAACAACGGUUGAUUGAUAAACGUCUUGAUUCGGUGACAAAAGAGAAGAUCCUUGCCCAGUUGGCCAAAUCGGGCCUACCCAUGACGGAAGAAGUGAAAACCAAGCAUUUGUUACGACAAGCACAAGUUCGGUCUUCGUGUAACCAGCAUAGGGAGUAUAUGUAUUAUACCCCUCCUUCAAGCCAGAAUUUUUACCAGUCACGAGCACCUCCUCCUAACGAAGGACCUUCAAUACGAACAUUUGUGUUUAUGAGUGGGGGAGGAUUCUCCUUGUAUUUAUUAUAUAAACUAAUUGCAUAG